GGCGGGCGCCUGCGCGGAGCGGCGGGCGGCGGUGGGGAGCGGGGAGACCAUGGCGAAGCACACGGUGUCGUCGGCGCGGUUCCGCCGGGUGGAUGUGGACGAGUACGACGAGAACAAGUUCGUGGAUGAGGAGGAAGGAGGCGACGGGCAAGCGGGGCCCGAUGAGGGCGAGGUGGACUCGUGCCUGCGGCAAGGGAACAUGAUGGCUGCACUACAGGCGGCUCUGAAGAACCCUCCUAUCAACACAAAGAACCAGGCAGUGAAGGAUCGUGCAGAAAGUAUUGUCCUGAAGGUCCUCAUCUCUUUCAAAGCCAAUGAUAUUGAGAAGGCGGUGCAGUCGCUGGACAAGAACGGUGUUGACCUGCUAAUGAAGUACAUCUACAAAGGCUUUGAGAGCCCCUCAGACAACAGCAGCGCCGUGCUGCUGCAAUGGCAUGAGAAGGCCCUGGCUGCUGGCGGAGUAGGGUCCAUUGUCCGUGUUUUGACUGCCAGGAAAACUGUUUAAGUCCAGCAGCUAGUGGUUGUCUGCCAUCCACGACGUGGGAAAUGCUGGUACAAAACCCAAACAACCAAAUGCCAUUGCUGCCCUGUGGGCAGCGCCUGUCUCUCAGCUUGCCUUCUCGCUGCUUCUUUCAUACCUGACAAAUAAUGCAUAUCGUGAUCUCUUUUUUGUUAAAUUCUGGAAAAUUAUGAAGGUGCAAUUUUAUUUCUAACAGGAAUAUUUGAUACUCGCGAACAUUUCAGUGACAUGUAUAACGACAUAUACAACUUCAUGUUUAGGGUGAUUUGCAUUUGUGUAUAAUUAUGGCAGAUUUGGACCUGACUUUCCAACCAAAUGCUGAGGGACAUAGGGCAAUGUCUUAAUUAUUUUCGCUAGCCAAGCAGUGUUUUGAUGUAAGAUCUAUAUUUUGAGAUGUGGGGCAGCUAUUAAUAUAGGUAACUGGACCAUGUUUCCUUUGGUCAGCCUCUGAACCUACACCCGUUAAUAGGACAGAAAGCAAAGGCUCCAUUCCAACCCCAAUUAUCAUUCCAGAGCACUGAAUAUUUUCCUUAACCUCACAUCUCACGGCCUGUUCAGGUUCCUUGUGGUCAGUCAAAUGCUGGGUCCACAGCGGGGAAAGUCACAACGGGAUGAAAUUGUCUGUCACGCAGUUUGGAUGGUAGAAUUUAAAAGGUUGAUGGUCCAUUUACACUGGAGCCCAGCCCAGUGAACUCUUUUUAUUCUGGGGAGCAAAGAUCCUGAAGAGAAGAAGAAAAAGCAGCUUUCACACAGCAAAUCACCUUUCAGCAACUUGAAAGUGAUUUGAUUUUUGUCAAGCACAACACAGAGGCUGCCUGGGGUAAUCUGAGAAACGCAUACUGGUAUCCACACCAUCCUUGCAGAGCUCCCAUAUUUUGUUUUCUGGAUGUAUAGGGUCUUAAUGGAUACCAGGCAGUUGACAUUGCUCUUGCAUUGUGCCACAGUGUGUUAGCUAGUGGGCGAAUUGGGUUCCAAAAUAAAGAGGACUACUUUAAAAAGAAUUAGUAAAGCCCAGAGCAUCCCAGGUCACAGAUCACCAUUGAAGGUUUAGGGCCAGGGCUGAAAUACAUGUGUUUUACAUUCACCAUUUUACUGCAGUUCAGUUGUGUAAAGCUGUUGGGGAACUUGUGAAAUCUUUGCUGUUUUUUGAUAUCUGCUUUUUUUGUAAUAAUAAUAAAGACCAGACAAUAAAUCGUCACUGAAUAUUUA